GCCGCAGGCCUUGCAAGGAAUUCGAAGGGCAGCUGUCGACUUCGACAUCCACAACCCUGGGUUCUUGCGAGUUCCGAGGUCAUCGACGGUCAUUGCAAUUCGAUACCACCCAGCCACUAACGCCAUAUUAUGGCCGGCGAGGGCGACCCACCUCCCGACCUCAAUAACCGGCAGGGCGAGGGCAGCGCAAGUGCCAGUUUCCUACGUGCUGCUCGUGCCGGAAAUCUCGAUAAAGUGUUGGAACUGUUGCGCGGCGGAACCGACAUCAACACAUGUAAUGCGAAUGGACUGAACGCAUUACAUUUAGCAUCGAAAGAGGGUCAUAGCGAGGUCGUACGUGAAUUGCUUAAACGUGGAGCGCAUGUCGACUCGGCUACCAAGAAAGGCAACACAGCUCUGCACAUAGCCUCAUUAGCUGGACAGUCAUUAAUAGUUACAAUACUCGUCGAAAAUGGAGCAAAUGUCAACGUUCAAUCGCUUAAUGGUUUUACACCAUUAUAUAUGGCUGCACAGGAAAAUCAUGAAGAUGUAGUACGAUUCCUACUAUCACAUGGCGCAAAUCAAGCCCUAUCCACAGAGGACGGAUUCACUCCGCUAGCAGUAGCGUUGCAACAAGGACACGAUCGGGUCGUGGCCGUACUGCUUGAGAACGAUGCUCGUGGAAAAGUUCGACUUCCCGCCCUCCACAUCGCCGCCAAAAAGGACGAUAUCCGGGCGGCGACCCUACUUCUGCAGAAUGAACACAACGCAGACGUCACGUCCAAAUCCGGUUUCACACCUUUACAUAUUGCCGCUCACUACGGCAAUGAAAAUGUCGCCCAACUUCUCAUCGACAAAGGAGCCAAUGUAAACUACCAAGCGAGGCACAAUAUAAGUCCAUUACACGUCGCAACAAAAUGGGGACGAACAAACAUGGUCGAAUUGUUGCUAAAACAUGGAGCAAUCAUCGAUUCACGAACACGCGAUCUGCUCACUCCACUUCAUUGUGCAUCACGAAGUGGUCACGACCAAGUUGUGGACCUUCUACUCGAAAAAGGCGCUCCAAUUAGUGCCAAGACAAAGAAUGGUCUCGCCCCGUUGCAUAUGGCUGCUCAAGGUGAUCAUGUGGAUUCGGCUCGAAUCCUCCUUUAUCACCGAGCGCCAGUCGAUGAUGUCACAGUUGACUACCUAACACCUCUCCACGUUGCAGCUCAUUGUGGGCACGUUAGGGUAGCAAAACUGCUUCUCGAUCGUAACGCUGAUCCUAAUGCCCGAGCGUUAAAUGGCUUUACACCGUUGCAUAUUGCUUGCAAAAAGAACAGAAUCAAGGUGGUAGAACUUCUAUUGAAGUACCAUGCUGCCAUCGAAGCCACCACAGAAUCAGGGUUAUCACCUCUUCAUGUGGCUUCGUUUAUGGGAGCUAUUAACAUCGUCAUCUAUUUGCUACAACAGGGUGCAAAUCCUGAUGUAGCAACAGUCCGCGGCGAAACACCCUUACAUUUGGCAGCACGUGCAAAUCAAACUGACGUCGUCCGUGUUUUGAUCAGAAAUGGUGCCAAGGUUGACGCUCAAGCACGCGAGCUUCAAACACCUUUGCACAUCGCUAGUCGACUCGGUAAUACGGAUAUCGUCGUCUUGCUGCUACAAGCUGGUGCCAACUCCAAUGCGGCCACUAGGGACCAAUAUACUCCGUUGCAUAUUGCCGCUAAGGAGGGACAGGAAGAGGUAGCAGCGAUACUUCUCGACCACAAUGCCGAAAAGGGUGUUUUGACGAAGAAAGGUUUCACUCCGCUUCAUCUGGCCAGCAAAUACGGAAACGUUGAGGUGGCUAAAUUGCUACUAGAACGCGGUACACCAGUAGAUAUCGAAGGUAAAAACCAAGUAACACCAUUACAUGUUGCCGCUCACUACAAUAACGAUAAGGUUGCGAUGCUUCUUCUGGAAAAUGGCGCAUCUGCUAAAGCAGCGGCAAAGAAUGGCUAUACUCCACUUCAUAUUGCGGCAAAAAAGAACCAAAUGGACAUUGCGAGCACGUUGCUCCAGUACCAUGCCGAUCCAAAUGCGAAAUCUCGAGCCGGCUUCACGCCACUACAUCUAGCAGCUCAAGAAGGACAUCGUGAAAUGUCGGCAUUGCUCAUUGAAAAUGGUUCUGAUGUGGCCGCCAAGGCUAACAACGGACUAACUGCUAUGCAUCUAUGCGCACAGGAAGAUCGUGUACCAGUCGCUGAGGAACUAGUCAAACACAAUGCCGAUGUUAAUAGUCAGACGAAUGCCGGUUAUACUCCACUACAUGUUGCUUGCCACUUUGGCCAAUUGAAUAUGGUCCGCUUCCUCGUCGAACAUGGAGCGAAUGUCGGCGAGACAACGCAUGCCAGCUACACUCCACUUCAUCAAGCCGCCCAGCAAGGCCACAACCAUUGCGUGCGCUACCUUCUCGAGCACGGAGCGUCGCCUAAUGCUCAAACUGCUAAUGGCCAAACCCCGCUUUCGAUCGCUCAACGCCUUGGUUAUGUGUCCGUCGUAGAAACAUUGAAAACUGUGACUGAAACUACAGUAAUCACGGAAACUACUACAGUAGCCGAAGAUCGUUACAAGCCACAGAACCCAGAAGCAAUGAAUGAGACAAUGUUCUCAGAGAGCGAAGAUGAAGGAGCGGCAGCAGAGCAUGAAGCGGCUACAGCUCACGUUAAAGAUUUCUCCGAUACGCUCACGCAAGGACUAGCCGAUUCGACUGGCGUGCACCUGAUUCAUACUGGAGAACGGCUGCUGUCGAAGAGCGCAGAAUUCGAUGGAACAGCGCCAAGAGUAGCGGCCGUUGCUACCACUGACGGCGGACCAGACAAACUAGAUGAACUAAUUCGUAAAGCACAGGCUCAACCGAUGCAAACAAUCGUCAAUGACGCAGCGGCUCUCGAUCGGUCAUUCACUACUAAUGACAACGUGCCGAUCGGGCAUAAUGUCGCUCAGCCAAGUAAACUCCAGCACAAGACUUUCCUGAUCUCAUUUCUGGUCGACGCUCGUGGUGGUGCAAUGCGAGGAUGUCGCCAUUCUGGCGUACGUAUCAUCAUACCACCACGAAAGGCCAGUCAACCUGUGCGUGUUACGUGUCGUUACCUUAGGAAGGAUAAAUUAGCCCAUCCACCGCCGCUUAGCGAAGGUGAAGAACUUGCGUCACGAAUUCUGGAAAUGGCUCCCGCAGGCGCAAAAUUCCUCGGUCCAGUCAUCCUAGAAGUGCCCCAUUUCGCGUCUCUGAGAGAUCGCGAACGUGAAAUAGUCAUCCUGCGCUCGGAUGACGGCCAACACUGGAAAGAACACCAACUCGAAGCGACCGAAGACGCUGUGCAGGAGGUGCUGAAUGAGUCGUUUGACGCUGAAGAAUUGGCCCAACUCGAUGAUCUCCAUACACCUAGAAUUACCCGGAUACUCACCAAUGACUUCCCGAUGUACUUUGCGGUUGUGACUCGAGUUCGGCAGGAGGUGCACUGUGUUGGCCCUGAGGGUGGUGUGAUUAUGUCUUCGGUGGUACCACGUGUACAAGCCAUCUUCCCCGACGGAUCUCUCACGAAGACGAUCAAAGUGUCGGUACAAGCACAACCGGUGCCCCAAGAAAUGGUCACCAGACUGCAUGGCAAUCGAGUAGCGGUGUCACCGAUUGUGACUGUCGAACCGAGGCGCAGAAAAUUCCACAAACCAAUCACUCUAUGCAUUCCACUACCACAAAGCAGCAACAAGGGAAUGCUUACCCAGUAUUCGGGACAACCCGGACAAGAACCACCCACUCUGCGAUUACUAUGCUCUAUCACCGGCGGAUCCGCUCCAGCACAAUGGGAAGACAUCACCGGAACAACACAACUCACAUUCACCGGAGAAGAUGUGUCGUUUACCACGACUGUUUCUGCUCGUUUCUGGCUGAUGGAUUGCCAAACUCCCCGGGAUGCAGCAAGAAUGGCUCAAGAAGUGUACAAUGAGGCCAUCGCUAUCCCAUACAUGGCCAAGUUUGCUGUGUUCGCUAGAAGAACAUUCCCAGUUGAGGGACAGCUAAGAGUGUUCUGCAUGACGGAUGAUAAGGAAGACAAAACACUAGAAAAGCAAGAACACUUCAAGAUGAUUGCCAAGUCUAGAGACGUAGAGGUCCUCAAAGGAAAGCACCAAUUUUUGGAAUUUGCUGGAAAUCUCGUGCCAGUGACAAAGAGCGGAGAUCAGCUAAGCUUGUACUUCUUACCAUUCCAAGAGAAUCGCCUCGCUUUCAUGGUUAAGACCCGUAGCAAAGAUGACACAGAAGCAGCUACCGAGGGUAGAAUUGCUUUCAUGACCGAACCGAAGAUCCGUUCUGAGUCUCUACCACCACAACAGCCAAUCUGUACUUUGGCUAUAUCCCUACCAGAAUACACAGGCGAAGUACCACCGCCAAUUGUACGAAAAGACACGACACCGUUUGAGGUGAAGUAUCAGGAUGCUUUGAAGAAGGAACUUCCGGAAUACGUACACCAAAAUGUUUUGAAAGCUGUAGGACCUGACUGGCAGCGAUUAGCUCGAGCACUGGAGCUUCCCCAUAAAGACAUACAAUAUAUCCGUCAGAACUAUCCUGGCAAAGAAAUUCACAACGUACUGAAAAUAUGGAUCCAUCUAAAGAAGGAAGAAGCAAGUCCGGAACGAUUGGAUAGUGCUUUGCGGCGUAUCGGUCGUGACGACAUCGUCCGCAGUAUUGCACAUGGCGAGCCGGAUUCGUUGAGCUAUGGAAACGGCAGCGAUUCGCCGUCUAGUAAACGUUUCGAACCUGCAAAAUAUGUGGAAUUACCUGCAACUAUACAAAAAACGCUCAAUGGCGUGCCAUCCUCUCCGAAACGCAUUGAACGCUUCGAAGAAAGGGAACAGCAAGAAUAUAGGGAAAAACCAGUACCACCCAUGCCACCACCACGUCGUGACAUACGAGAAACCGUACAGGGACCUCCUUACGAAACUCAUGAAUUCCGUCAUGAAGAGGCCACUGUCGAACAUCCAGAUAGAGAGGCUUCCCCCGCUGGUUCUGCUGGCAUAGCGUACACCACCAAACUGCCAACAGCACACGCGAAUGAAGCGAUAGUUCAUGAACCAGAAAGUGCGAUGGUACAACCUGACGAAGAAGAAACAGUAUCUGAAGUACGAACAGUAGUGCGGACGGAACGACAUGUCCAUGACACUGAAGACGGUCCCAUCGUAGAGGAAAGAACCAUUACAACAACCUAUGAAGACGAUGUAGCCGUCAACGAGCAUGUUGUGGACCGAACCGUGCCCCUUAACGAAGAAGAAAAGCAAAAAUGGGAAGAAUUAAAUCGACUUGCUGGACAUAAAGCAUACGAACAAGAAGAACAAGAACCACUACCGGAAGGAAUGGCUCAGGAAGUUGAAACCGAAAAGUACACGGAACCGGAUGGAACUGUAGUGACGACGACGACAAUCACUAGUCAUUACGCUUCACAGUCGCCCGCCCCUAUCUCUGAGGAAGGCGAAGACGAAGAAGAAGCACUUCGAGCUGUAAAUAAACACGAGGAAGCUGGCUCCGCUGCAAAGCCGGAAGAACGCCACGUUGCUUCAAAUGAGCCCCAUUUCUCGUCUGAAGUCUCUAAACCUUGCCUACACGUCAUUGCCGGAAUUACCGAAAAAGGCGAAAUUAUUUGUUCGGGCGUGGUCGUCGCUGCCGGUGAUGAUGGUACCACAGUGAAGCCAGUCCACCAUGUUCCCUCUGUACAUAAGUUCGAAGCUGAAGACUGGAGUGGUGAGCAUGCAGAGCACCAUGAAGAGCAAGAAGCUCGUAGAGUUUCUUUCACAGCAGGACCUGCUGAAGGAGAUACGCUUUCUGCGGGUGCGCACGACGAGGACACGCCUAUUGCAAGCAGCGCGCAGUUCGAACGCAAUCGCAGCGCCUCACUGGCCGAGGCUUUACAACACAUCGAUCCGAAAGGCGUUCCACAGGUUGGCUUUUUUCAUCCGUCCAGCUCGAUUCCGAUAUUGGAAGCAGAAGAAAGUGGAGAAGCCGCUUCUGGAACUACUACGGCUAGCCAGCCCCUAUCUACUCCCUCAAGCACAACUGAAUCCACGACAAAACCCUCCACUGAGCCUAAAACUGAAACCGCCACAUCGGAAGCAGGGUUUACUUCAGCAUCAGAUCUACCACCAAGUGGCGAAACUGAACGUCUGUUGACAGAUCUCCUAUUCACACUACAUUCACUCAAAAUGGCCUCUCCAGACCGCCAUACUGAAGCAGUGAACAGACUCAAAGAGUUGGAAGAAGAACUCCGAGCAGCCGGUGCUGUAACGCCAGCCGAUCCAGCGGUUGCCGAUGCUGUAGCUCGGGCACUUACUGCCGCUGGACCAGGCAGGGACAUUCAGAUACGUGUAAAUCAAAGUAGACAUACGACUACGACGAAAACAGUUUAUGAGACGGAAACCCCCGGAAUGGUCGGUCUGGAUCCGGAGAAGAUUCGGGAAUUGCAUCAACAGAUGCUCAGCAGCUUAACAUCGGCAGGUGUGGAAGUUGCUCCGGACACUGGAACUACUCAAAAGAAGGAGUCUGCUGAGGAAGGAUAUACCAACGAAGACGGUUCUGUCGUCGUGUCGAAAAAGAUGACACGUAUCGUCACAACAACAAAAACAACCCUUCCUGGCGAUGCUGAACCAACUCCCGUGCUAAUUCUUCACACAGCAAAUUCAUUGCCUCUGCUUCGUCUCUAG